AUGGGUUUUGGAGAGCGGGGUACCACUAGUGGUUACUCUAAAACCAAGGAAACACUUUGGAAGUAUCGUGUUGGUGAAUGCCUUCGCGUUGAACUUGGCCAGCGCAGUGGUGCCAAGCAUUGGCAGAUUGUAAGAAUUUCCGUGGGGGAGGUCGGCCAGGAUGACUAUGACGAAAAUACUCAUCCAACUAUCGAAAAUCCUAUCUCGUUCACCAUUGAGGGUAACUUCCCCACUUCGGAUGACUUGGACAAUACAUACAAGAUCGUGGGCAGCGUUGCUCAAUCAGGGGGCUGGGCUGAGAUAUCUAACUACUCAUUCCAAGGAGUGGAUAUGGGAAGCUUCUAUGGCAGAAUCUACGAUGGUUUUACAAUCGAAGGCUGCCCUAGAAAAGAUUACGGACGUUUGCAAAUUACUUUGAGAAACGGCAUAGAAGUUCACUAUUCGCUUGAAGUCGGAAAUUGGUCGAUAUCCGAGAAGUUUCUCGAAACUUGA